AUGGCAUCAAACAGCCUCUUCAGCACAGUGACACCAUGUCAGCAAAACUUCUUCUGGGAUCCGAGCACCAGCCGGCGCUUCAGCCCCCCCUCCAGCAGCCUGCAGCCCGGCAAGAUGAGCGACGUGAGCCCGGUGGUGGCUGCGCAGCAGCAGCAGCAGCAGCAGCAACAGCAGCAGCAGCAACAGCAACAGCAGCAGCAGGAGGCGGCGGCGGCGGCAGCGGCGGCGGCGGCGGCGGCGGCGGCCGCCGCGGUGCCCCGGUUGCGGCCGCCGCACGACAACCGCACCAUGGUGGAGAUCAUCGCUGACCACCCGGCCGAACUCGUCCGCACCGACAGCCCCAACUUCCUGUGCUCCGUGCUGCCCUCGCACUGGCGCUGCAACAAGACCCUGCCAGUGGCCUUCAAGGUGGUCGCCCUCGGAGAGGUACCAGAUGGGACUGUGGUUACUGUCAUGGCGGGUAACGAUGAAAAUUAUUCUGCUGAGCUCCGAAAUGCCUCUGCUGUUAUGAAAAACCAAGUAGCAAGAUUCAACGACCUGAGAUUCGUCGGCCGGAGUGGAAGAGGCAAGAGUUUCACCUUGACCAUAACUGUCUUCACAAAUCCUCCCCAAGUAGCCACCUAUCACAGAGCUAUUAAAGUCACAGUGGAUGGACCCCGGGAACCCAGAAGGCACAGACAGAAGCUUGAUGACUCUAAACCUAGUUUGUUCUCUGAUCGCCUCAGUGAUUUAGGGCGCAUUCCUCAUCCCAGUAUGAGAGUAGGUGUCCCGCCUCAGAACCCACGGCCCUCCCUGAACUCUGCACCAAGUCCUUUUAAUCCACAAGGACAGAGUCAGAUUACAGACCCCAGGCAGGCGCAGUCCUCCCCACCCUGGUCCUAUGACCAGUCCUACCCCUCCUACCUGAGCCAGAUGACUCCUCCGUCCAUCCACUCCACCACCCCGCUAUCCUCCACGCGGGGCACCGGGCUGCCCGCCAUCACCGACGUGCCCAGGCGCAUUUCAGGUGCUUCAGAACUGGGCCCUUUUUCAGACCCCAGGCAGUUCCCAAGCAUUUCAUCCCUCACUGAGAGCCGCUUCUCCAACCCACGAAUGCACUAUCCAGCCACCUUUACUUACACCCCGCCAGUCACCUCAGGCAUGUCCCUCGGUAUGUCCGCCACCACCCACUACCACACCUACCUGCCACCACCCUACCCCGGCUCCUCCCAAAGCCAGAGCGGACCCUUCCAGACCAGCAGCACGCCAUAUCUCUACUAUGGCACCUCGUCAGGAUCCUAUCAGUUCCCCAUGGUGCCCGGGGGAGAUCGGUCUCCUUCCAGAAUGCUACCGCCGUGCACCACCACCUCGAAUGGCAGCACGCUAUUAAACCCAAACCUGCCCACCCAGAACGAUGGCGUUGAUGCCGACGGAAGCCACAGCAGUUCCCCCACCGUUUUGAAUUCUAGUGGCAGAAUGGAUGAAUCUGUCUGGCGACCCUAUUGA